AUGUCCGGUGAAAAGAUCUACGAAGGCGUAUUCGCCGUCCACAAACCCCAAGGCGUCUCCUCCGCCGACGUCGUCCGCACCCUCCAAACGCACUUCAACCCCUCCAAGCUCUUCGCCCCCUGGCUAGCCGACGAGCGCGCCCGUCGCGCCCGCGAAAGCAACUUCCAGCGCAAGCGUCGUCGCACGCAACGUCUCGACGUCAAGAUCGGCCAUGGAGGCACCCUCGACCCCCUGGCGACCGGCGUUCUCGUCGCGGGCGUCGGCAAGGGCACGAAACAUCUGAACGAGUUUUUGGGAUGCACGAAGCAAUACGAGACCGUUGUGCUGUUCGGCGCCGAGACAGAUACCUAUGAUCGACUGGGAAAGGUGGUGCGCAAGGCGCCCUACGAGCAUGUGACGAGGGAGAUGGUCGAGAAGGCAUUGGAGCAGUUCCGCGGGAAGAUCAUGCAACGGCCGCCGAUCUUCUCGGCGCUCAGGGUCAAUGGAAAGAAGCUUUAUGAGUAUGCGCGCGAAGGUAAGGAGCCGCCGAUUGAGAUCCAGAAGAGGCCGGUCGAGGUCACGGAUUUGAGGAUCCUGGAGUGGUAUGAGCCUGGAUCGCAUGAGUUUAAGUGGCCUGAGGUUGAGGCUGAGGGCGAGGAGAAGGCUGUUGCGGAGAAGUUGUUGGCGAAGGAGGAUCAGUUGCCCGUUGUGGAAAGGGAGGGUGAGGGUGAAGGAGAGGCCUCUGCGAAGAGAAAGUCCCCGCCUGCGGAGGAUGCUAAGGAGGAGAAGGUUGAGGGUGAUGAUGCUGAGUCUGCUCCCUCGGCUAAGAAGCAGAAGGUUGCUGAGGGUGAGGCUGCGCCUGUUGAGCCGGCCGAGCAGGAGUCUUCGGAGGCUACCAAGGAGGAAGCUAAGGAGGAAGCCUCCGAGUCCAAGCCCCAGUCGCAGCCCCAGCCGGCUGCGGUGAAGAUCACCAUGACGGUGUCGUCUGGUUUCUAUGUGCGCUCGUUGGCGCACGAUCUGGGCAAGGCGGUCGGAAGCUGCGGUCUGAUGAGCUCGCUCAUCCGGUCCCGUCAGGCCCAGUUCGAGCUUCACCCGGACAAGGUGCUCGAGUACAAGGACCUCGAGGCCGGCGAGGAGGUCUGGGGUCCCAAGGUUCAACAGUUCCUUGAGGACUGGGAGGAGAAGCGACUGGCUCGGCCGUCGUCUCCGCGUUCCCCGAAACAGAAUUAG